AUGACCAUCAUUUCACUGCCAUCUUUACCCAGCACUGCUUUCAACAGCCUAGAACUGUUUCUGUUCUUCUGUUGUCUCUGUUGCUCAGCUGAACACAUGGUUUCUGACACAAGGAAGAAGAUAUGGCUCUUUGUUGCUGUGACAUAUUCGUUGCAGCAAAUUACUUAUUCAGAAGAACUCAGAAGAACUCAGAGAGCUGUGGAUCCUGAAGCAUUUAUGAAUAUUAAUGAGCUCAUUACUUACAAGGGGUACCCCAGUGAGGAGUAUGAAGUGACAACAGAAGAUGGUUAUACUAUUACCCUUAACCGGAUCCCUUAUGGUACACAGAACCAGGGAAACCCAGCUAUAAAACCUGCUGUGUUUCUCCAACAUGGAUUAUUGGGAGACGCUAGCAACUGGGUCACAAACCUGCCCAACAACAGCUUGGGCUUCCUACUAGCUGAUGCUGGUUUUGAUGUGUGGAUGGGAAAUAGCAGAGGGAAUCGCUGGUCCAGAAAACAUCAAAACUAUUCCAUUGAUCAAGAUGAAUUCUGGGCUUUCAGUUUUGAUGAGAUGGCAAAGUUUGAUCUUCCAGCAGCAAUAGAUUUCAUUGUGGAGAAAACAGGACAGGAAAAGUUGUACUAUAUUGGCUAUUCGCAAGGUACUACCAUCGCUUUCAUUGCCUUUUCAACAAUGCCAGAGCUGGCUCGGAAAAUCAAACUCUAUUUGGCGUUGGCACCUGUCGUUACUAUUAAGUACGCUAGAAGCCCAGUGACAAAGCUUCUCUACCUUCCUGAAACAUUGCUCAGGGGACUGCUUGGCAAAAGAGAAUUCCUUCCUCAGACUGAGUGUCUGAGAAGGCUAAUAGUGCCUGUGUGCAGCAACCCUGCUUUUGCCAGGCUUUGUAGAAGUGUCUUCUUCGGUCUGGGUGGCUGUAACCUGAGAAACAUUGAUGUGAACCGAAUCAAUGUGUAUAUUGCACAAACCACCGCUGGAACUUCUGUGCAGAACAUAGUCCACUGGAGUCAGGAAGCCCUUUCGGGGAAGUUCCAAGCUUAUGACUGGGGCAGUUCAAAGAAGAACAUGGAAAAAUACCAACAGGCUACUCCUCCUCUCUACAAUGUAGAAGAGAUGACUGUACCAACAGCAGUAUGGACUGGGGGACAAGACUUGCUUGCAGAUCCCAAGGAUGCAGCCAUUUUACUGUCUCAAAUUAAAAGGCUCAUCUACCACAAGAGAAUUCCUGGAUGGGCACACCUGGAUUUCAUCUGGGGAUUGGAUGCACCCUUGCGUGCGUACAAUGAAAUUAUUGAUCUGAUGCAAAAGAAUCCUUAG